GCGGGUGGACCGUGAAGACCUAACUAUAGAAAGAGCACUUUUGAAAAGUUACAGUGGUCUUGACUUGGUUGGGUUCUCGCGCAACUUUCUACAUCCGUUAGCUAAAAAAAAUUUGAGCGAGGCUGUAGACGUGGCCCUGGCAAUUCAAGACUCUGCAAAGAAAGACAGAAAGGGUUUUAACUGGCUCUGUGAGUAUAUAACUACGUAUAACCAAAGCGGUUUGUAUUCCCAAUGCAAGCAGACGGCCGGGGGAGAUGAAAUUCUACGAGUAAACACUGAAGUUAUAGUCUUUGUGAAAAACUCUGCAUACAACAAACGAAAGAUUACAAUGAGGGGCAAUCGACAAGGAAUAGGUUCUGUUAUGUUAUUUCUGGCACUUUCCAUUCAAAUUAUACUAUUAACGCACGCAGCCCCAAUGGAUUGCCAAAAGAACACUGCUGUCUGCUUGGAAGAAAUAAUGAAGGAAAUGACCCAAGUUCGAUUUGAGUUAAACAUUCUCACUGAGAACAGAACAUUAAUAAGACCCACGGACUGUGCUGAGCUCUACAAAUCCGGUAGAACGGUUAGCGGAGUUUAUACAGUUGAUCCUGAUGGUUCAGGUGCUUUUAAUGUAUAUUGUGACCAGACCACAGCCGGUGGAGGCUGGACAGUCUUCCAGAAGAGAAUUGAUGGUUCCGUUGAUUUUAACCGAACCUGGGAUGACUACAAACAUGGCUUUGGCAACUUGGUGGGUGAAUUUUGGCUCGGAUUAGAUAAGAUAAACCGCCUGACGCAAAACAAGACAAAGAACAAGCUUCGAGUUGAUCUGAGAGCAAUUACCAACAAAAUUGUUCACCCUGAGUAUGAUUGGUUUGGAAUUGCGACCGAGACGAACAAAUAUCGGCUGUACAUUGGCAAAAUGACGACAAAUGCAACUGUUUGCCCUGAUUCCCUCAGCCAACACAAUAAUUUCGAUUUUGGUAUCUGGGAAAGAGGUCCUGCAGAUCGCGUUCAAAAAAGAGGCGUAGGCUGGUGGUAUGAUGAAGGUAGAGAAAAUGCUGUUCACUCAAAUCUUAACGGUAUCUAUCCGCUUUGUGGAAGUGAAACCGCGGCUGAUAUCCACUGGGGCCAUUUAGCUCCAAAGAGGGGCGCCGCGGGCAGCGCUCCUAAAUCAUCUGAAAUGAAAAUUAGGCCAGUGGAUUUCUUUUAGAGUUAACCAUACACCCCAUAAGUGAGCUGUGAUUUUUGCUCUGACCUGUUACAUCCUAGGUGUUAAGUGUGUAAGAUUUCUCUUUUACUAAUUUUUGAUUGUAGAAGUAUUAAAAAAAAAACUUCAUACCGAUCAACAUAUUCUUAAGGGUUCAUUUAGAGUUAUUCAUCAUGUACUUUAGGGGUUUUAGGGUGUUGGGUAUGCAUUAGAUAUCUUACCUAUUUUGUUUUGACCUAUGAUAAUAUCAAAAUAAGGAGAUCAAUUGGUCUAGCUUUCUUUAAAACGACCAAACCUUACUCCACUUUUAGAUCACAACUAAGAAAUUAGAAUGUACUAAUUUAGUCUUUUGUACAAGCAUUAGUUCAUGGAACAAUUAGUUAUGCUUUCGAUUGAUUUGAUCUGUGAAAAAGGAGGCCAAAGCCUGUAUUAGUUUAGUUGGUAUACGAGCAUAUUUGAUAUUCUCUUGGUUGGCCUCUGGCUGAAAUCCGAUUAACAAAUAAAAACUCAGUUCGUUUAAGGUUUAGAAAACCUCACACUUUA